AUGGCCGACAACUCAAAUCCUGCCACAGACCAGAAUGGUUCCAGCGACAAGAAACAACUCAUUCUCAAUGCCUUUGUCAUGAACACGCCCGGUCACCUGGCUCCCGGUCUCUGGAAACACCCCCGCAACAAGACAGACCAAUACAAGAAGCUCUCUUUCUGGACCGACCUCGCCCAGUUACUAGACAAUGCCGGUUUCCACGCAAUGUUUAUAGCCGACACCCUCGGACCCUAUGAUGUGUACAAAGGACCGGCCAACGUUGUCCCAGCCUUGGCCUCCGGAGCACAGUUCCCAGUCAACGAUCCGCUGUACCUCGUUCCCGCAAUGGCGCAAGCCACGAAGAACCUCAUUUUCGGAGUGACUGCAAGCUUGACCUACGAAAAGCCCUAUUCGCUGGCGAGACGCCUCUCGACGGUGGAUCAUCUGAGCGAAGGGCGACUAGCCUGGAACAUUGUCACCUCAUACCUAGACAGUGCGGCCCGGAACCACGGCUUAGAGGAGCAGAUCCCGCACGAUGAGCGUUACGCGAUUGCACACGAGUACCUCGAAGUUCUCUACAAGCUCUGGGAAGGCAGCUUUAGGGACGAUGCAGUCUUGGCGGAUCGCGAGGCUGGGACGUACAUUGCCAGUGACGCGGUCAAGCAGAUCCACCAUAAGGGCAAGUACUUUGAUGUGCCUGGACCGCACUUCGUUGAGCCUUCACCUCAGCGAACACCCUUCCUCUUUCAGGCGGGUGUGUCUGAAGCUGGAAACGGCUUUGGUGGUAAACAUGGAGAAGCCAUCUUCAUCGGCGGCCAGACUGCGGAGGGUGUCCGAAAGACUGUCGAUAAUCUACGCAAGAUUGCGGCGGAGGAGGGAAGGGAUCCUAAUCACAUCAAGAUCAUCCUCGGCAUCAACGUCAUUGUGGCAGCGACAGAUGGGGCGGCCGAAGCGCAGAAACAAGAGUACCUGAAAUACGCGGACACCGAGGGUGCCCUAGCUCUCUUCGGAGGGUGGACAGGAAUUGACCUUUCUGGAUAUCCAGAUGAUGAAGACUUCUCAGUGGCAGACUCUCCACGGAUUCAGUCCAUCAUCCGACGUUGGUCAGAUACCGUCCCGGGCACAGAUAAUCUCCCUUGGACCAAGCGAAGGAUUGUGGAAUACCUCAGUAUCGGCGGUCUAGGUGCCAAGAUAGUGGGUAGCCCUACCACAGUCGCCGAUGAGCUGGAGCAUUGGGUCGAGGUUUCUGACGUGGAUGGGUUCAACCUGGCGCACGUUACCAAUCCCGGUACUUUUGAGGAUAUCAUCGAGUACCUGCUCCCUGAAUUGCGCAGACGAGGAAUUUUCAGGUCCGACGUUGAGAAGCAGGGAGCUACGGCGAGAGAAGUAUUUAUUGGCUCGAAACGACUACCUGAGGAUCAUCCUGGAAGCAAGUACAAAUGGUGCGCUGGUGAGACAGAACCGCCAUUCCUGAAGCAGAAUAAACAAGCGUCAGGUGCUUAA